AUGACAACACCGGUGGGUCGAAUUAGACAAUUUGUGGAGCGUUGCGUGCAUGCGCAACCGUCAUACACAGUCUACGGUUCCGGACUGAACGUGGCCGUCAAUGAAUCGGAUCAGAGUUUGGUAUGUGAUGCCGCAGUCAAACAGGUCACAGUCACACUGGAGAAUAAACUGUUAUGGGACAGAUUUAAUGCAUUGAAAACGGAAAUGAUUGUGACCAAAUCGGGACGCCGAAUGUUUCCCAGUUUUCAAGUGCGACUGGGCGGAUUGAUUCCAACCGAUCACUACAUACUCGCCCUGGAUUUUGACGUGUGCGAAGAGAAGCGCUACCGAUAUUCAUUUCACAGUUCGACUUGGAUUCAUGCAGGUUUGUCCAGUUGUCGUGAGCAUUUCAUUUCGUUCGACACUGACGAAGGGAAGCAGUAUACUCUCGGUGAUGUCAUAGGAUCUCUCGCAUGCCUUCGUUUCCAAGCGUUGUGA